AUGGACGAGAGGGCUUCGGAAACAAAGAACAUCGAGAGGAAGAAGAUAAUGUCUGCGUGCGAUGUUGAGGCCCUGAAGAAAUGCUUGGAGGAGAACAAAGGGGACUACGUCAAGUGCCAGUCGCAGAUAGAGGCCUUCAAAUCUUCAUGUGCUUUAAAGAAGCCAAACCCAUCUCUAGCAUCUGUGCCAUAG